GCCUGAUCUAGCAACCGAACUGCAGUGGAUGCAUGUGGACCCUUGCAGGCCUGCACCUGCCUGCACUCGCCGUCCAAGCAGCUCCAGAGCCAAGCUAGAGCCAGCCCACCCACCACGCGACCAGCCGAGGGAGAGCAGAGCAGAGCAAACUAGAGCAGAACGUUGGACGGGGCAGGUUACGCAUAAAGUAAUAAAAGACCUGCGUGCCUCCGUCCACCUCUCCUGCAUGUGAGGAUCCGAGUUGUCUUGCACGUCUUGUCCCUCCCUUCCCCUUCAUCUGAGGUCUUUCGUUGCCUCAGCUUGUGGUCUGCACCCACACAAAAAAAGAAACACCAUCAGUCUGCCUCUCUGUCAGUCACGAUGGCGUCUCUCCAGCACCAGGACGUCACGACGGCCCCCGUCACCGCCGCGGCAGAUGCCAGGACCGACGAGCAGCUGCCCGACAUGCCCUCCGAGAAGAGGCCCCACUCGCGCGGCGAGAAGGACAUGUUUGUCGACAUUGACGGCGAGAAGGACCCCGUCGACGAGGAAGAGACUGAGAUCCUCGACAACAUGUUCCCCUUCCCCCCUCUCAAGGGCAUCCCCGAGGAGGAGCAGCAGCUCACCAUCCGCGCCCUCGUCGUCGGCGUCUGCCUGGGUGCCGUCGUCUCGGCCUCCAACAUCUACCUUGGUCUCAAGACCGGCUGGACAUUCGGUGCCUCUCUGUUUGGUGGCAUUCUUGGCUUUGCUAUUCUCAAGUCUAUCUCCCGGGUCGCCCCCAAGAUCCUGGGUGGUGGCUACUUUGGCCCCAAGGAAAACGUCUGCGUUCAGACUGCUGCCACCGCCGCUGGCGGUCUAGGAAUCAUCUUUGUCGGUCCUAUCCCCGCUCUGUAUCAGAUGGGUCUCAUGUCAAAGGAUCCUUCCCAGGACUUUGGCAAGCUUGUCACCUUCUCAAUCUGCACCGCCUACUACGGCCUGUUCUUCGCCAUCGCCCUCCGCAAGUUCUACAUCCUGAAGCUCAAGCUGAUCUUCCCCUCCCCCACCGCCGUCGCCUACACCCUCCGCGCCCUGCACGCAGGUGGUGCCGCCAGCGAGGCCAGCGGGAAGAAGAAGGCAAAAUGCCUCGCCAUGGCCUUUGGCGGCGCUGCCGCCCUGCGUGUCGUCUCCAUCUACGCCCCCGGCAUCCUCUGGGACCACCACGUCUUCUGGUGGCUGUACACCUGGGGCUGGGACGGCAUCAUCUACGCUGAGUCCUGGGGCUGGGUCUUCGAGUACACCCCGGCCUUCAUCGGCGCCGGUGUGCUCUCUGGUAUGAACGCCUCUCUCUCCUUCUUCGGCGGAAGUGUCCUCGCCUGGGCCCUCAUCGGCCCCCUGACCUUCAAGUACGGCGCCACCUUCGGAAUCGAGAAGGCCUUGGACCCCGACACCGGCGAGAACCCCUUCCCCGGCUGGUACAGCUUCAACUCGCUGUCCAACACCGAGACCGAGCCCUCCCCUCGGUACUGGAACCUGUGGGUUGGCAUCAUGGUCAUGCUGUGCGCCUCCUUCGCCGAGGUCGCCAUGAACGGCCCCAUCCUCUACCGUGGUCUCAAGAGGGCCAUCUUCGAGGCCGCCGAGAAGAUCCCAAAGACCCGUGGCUUUGCCGCCAAGCACCUCACCGCCGAGGACCGCGAGAUCGAGGACCCCUCGCCAAAGUCGGAGCUGGUCCCCACCUACAUCUGGUCCGUCGGUGUGCUCGCCUCCAUUGCCCUCUCCAUGAUCGUGCUGGCCCUCCAGUACCAGGUCAGCCCUGCCCUGACCAUCCUGGCUGUCAUCCUUGCCUUCAUCUUCAGCUUCAUCGCCGCCCAGUCCUCCGGUGCUACCGACAUCAACCCCGUCUCCACCUGCGCAAAGAGCUCCCAGCUUGUCUUUGGCGGUGUCACCCAGGGCCAGGGCCACCACGGCGUCGACGCACAGCGCAUCAACAUGACCGGAGGUAUUGUCGCUGCCGGCGCCGCCGCCCAGUCCGUGGACAUGUUGGGAGACCUGCGAACCGGUUACCUGCUCAGCGCCUCGCCCCGCGUGCAGUUCGUUGCCCAGGCGGUCGGCUCUGUGUUCAGUAUCGUCCUCUGCUGUGGAUUCUUCGUCCUCUUCUCCAAGGCCUACCCUUGCAUCAUUGACGAGUCGCUCGCAGACUCUUGCCAGUUCGGUAUUCCCUCCGUCGCCGCCUGGAAGGCAACCGCCGAGGCCGUCACGGCCAAGAACUUCCCCGUGCCGACCUCGUCCGGCAUCACCGCCCUUUGCCUGGGCAUCUUCUCCAUCGCGCUGGUGGCGGCCAAGUACCUCUGGAUCCCCAAGAAGUACCACGUCUACGUGCCCAACAUGAACGCCGUCGGCCUGGCCUUCACCCUGCCCCAGACCCAGUACUCGACCGCCAUGGCCACCGGCGCCAUCGCCUCGUACUUCUGGAUGAAGAAGAGCCCCCGCACCUGGGACGACUACGCCUACAGCCUGGCUGCCGGUCUCAGCGCCGGCGAGGGUAUCGGCGGUGUCAUCAACGCCGUCCUGCAGGUUGCCGGUGUUGCUGGUGAUGUCAAGGGUAGCGCGGUGGCGUGCCCUGGCUUUGAGUACUGCGGUUAGACAAGAUAGUGGAAGGGAUAGACAGAUCUCUAUUUUUUUUCUCUAUCUCUUCUCUUUCUGUCGUUUUUGUGUUGGCUGUGAUUGGAUUGUGACUUGGAAUGUUAAUACCCCCUCCGUAUGUAAUGUGACAUGAGCGUUACGUAUAUGUCGGUCGACUGGGUCGGCUGGAUGUGAAGAUGCAAUAUAUUAAUUCUGCUCUA